GCUGACAAUGUUUGUUGAAUUUUAAUACCAUUUGUGUAAGUUAUUUGUAUUUUAGUUAUAGUUUAGUGUAUAAAGAAGCAACAUGCAAAAUUCCAAGAAGAAAACUAGCAAUAAAUUGAUAAAAAUACCGAAACCCAUUAAAGUGAAAAAAGAAAAAACAGAGGAAGACCGUACUAUACAUACUAUGGCGCACUUUAUUGAUGACCGACUGGAAUUGGUAAAACAAAUUUUUGGAACGCUAAAACCUAAGACAAUAACAAAUUUAGCACCGGAGUUUUUAAAGAAAAAAAGUAUGGAAGAUAUUGAAGAAGCAUGUCUUAAUGAAUUGCUGUGCAUAUCUACAAAGCGUCUACUCUCAAUUAUAAAUGCAAGUAAAUGUCCAACUGAUACAGAAUCAUCAAGUGAUUCAGAUGUUGAGCAUAAAGAAGAACAUAUAUCAUUAGAAGAAAUUUCUUCUGACAGUGAAAUUGAUGAUUCAAAAUCUACAGUCAAAAAGAAAACGACAGGAACUAGGAAUUUGACCACAAAAACAUUACCCGAAGCUAAUGAGAAUCAAGGACAAAUCAGUGUCUUGGAAUUGUUAGAAUUGCAAGCACGUGCAAGGGCAAUACGUUCGCAGUUAGCUUUAGAGCCCGUUACAAAAAUCGAAGUUAAUUCCGAGGAUGAGUCUGAAACUGAAGCUACUAAAAGCAAAUCCAAUGAACGGUUAGUUAAUCGUAUUGAACGUAAAAGAAAAUCAAGUGGUUCCAGCAACUCUCAGCAUUCAAAUAGCUCAUCGGUUACAGCAACAUCAUCUAAAAAGUCUAAAUCCAACGGUAACGCUGUAGCGAAUGAUGUUGAAAAUACUGAUGGCAGAGCACAGGGGUCCAGCACAAAAAUCAAAUUGAAACGUAACUAUAGAACACAAGUAAUGGAAAAUGUGGAAAAGGAAAAGGAAAAUGCUACCAAUGGAAAAUCUUUUGAAAAGAAAUCAUUUGGUAAUAGUGAAUUAAAGAAAGAACGCCGUUCACGUUCAAUAUCUCCUGAUGUAAUUCCCAUUGUUGCUGAACCAGAAACAUUGCUUAUAAGUGAUAGUUCCGAUUUAGAAACUGAUAAACCUGAUAAUCGCGUUAAUAAUGAUGAUGAAGGGAAGCAAGAAAUAAACAAAAAAGUAAAUGAAGUAGAUGCUGAAAUAGAAGAAGGUGAAAUUACAGAAGGUGAAACUGAAAAUCCUAAACAAGUUGCAGUAAAAGAAACUCUAAGUUGUACUGAAGAUCAGUCAGUAGAGCUUACUACAGCAAUUAAUCAGAAUACAAAUCUUAUCGUGGAUCUACAAACAGUUGUAGAUGACGAAAUCGACACAGACAAGGUGCAAAUCAUCGCUGAUGAGGAGCCAGAACUUACUAAAAAUAAUGGUCUAACAGAAAAUGAUGUUAGAAGUGAACAAAAUUAUGAAGAAUCCAUUGCUGAGAAGUCAGCAGAGACAACAAAUGAAUCAUUAGAAUAUUCAAAAUCGUCAAGCAAAAGUUGUAAGAUCGAAAAUGUUGAUACCGAUGAAGAUGAUCAAAAUGAUGAUAUUAUAUCCAUAGAGGGUGGCGAUUUAGAAACCGAAAUGAUUGAACAUUUAGAUGAGGAUAUAAAACCGCAACUGAUAUUUGUAAAUGAUUGUAAAUCGGUUGAUGUAGACAAAUCAAAGGAUGAGCAAAAGGAUAUGGAUAUAAUAUCUCUUGAUUCAAGUGGUGAUGAAAGAGAUAAAGGUUCAGAAGAAUCUUGGCACUCACGGUAUUUACAAAGUUCCAAAGUCAGUAAAGUGCUUGCUGAAUCACGUUUAGGCAAAAGAGUGCGUGACAAAAUAAAGAAAUCAAAGCGUUCUAAAAGGGAUUCCCAAAAAGAAGAGGCUGACAAAACUGUUACAAAGUCAACAUUCACGUCGAAACACGAAGAUGGGUCGGUAGAGCAAUACAAGGAGCUGCUAGAAAUACGACAACGUAAGACUUGAGUACAAUAAAUGAAGUCAAUAUUUCAAAUUGCUUUCGCUGUGCAAAGCAAUUUCACUCAAACCAUUUUAAUGUCGAGCAUAAAAAACAUUUUCAAAAACUAUACUCUAUACGAUUCAUAGAGUUUUGCGUGUGCAUUAAACUUUUUUAAAACAAUAAAGUACAAAAAAUCAAAUUUCAACCCCAU